AUGGCAUCACUUCCAAGUCACUUCUCAGCGGCGACAUCGCCUUUACCGCGAGGCAUCAUCCAGGCGCAAGCAUCUCCUCAACGUGGUAAAAGGAGGAACCCUAUCAGUGGCUUCACCAUUGAAGAGGCUGAAGAUGAACGCCUGAAGUUCAUGAGGUGCUUCACUGACGGCAUUGACGUCACUCGUGUGAGGGGGCGAUCUACGGUCUCCGUAUGGGAGAAGGUUGCCGACAAGCUGUCGCGUGAUGGCGGUCCGGCACAGCUACUGAGAGACACCAGUCCGGCGCCCGUCGAUGCGGCUUAUUGGUGUGGUGCCUUUCCCUGGGAUAAUGAAGUCAGACGCAGGAACCAGUCGGUUCAGAGCCUUCGAGUCCUUGUUGAGGCUGACUGCCAAAUUCGCAGGUUCACGUUCGGCAAUCAGGGAGGGUUCCGACCCAACCAGCUGGAGACUAUCAACGCCGUUCUGUCCAAGCGUGAUGUCUUCCUCGUGAUGCCCACAGGUGGUGGCAAAAGUCUCUGCUACCAGAUACCAGCUCUGGUGAAUCACGAGGCUAGACGAGGUGGCACGACUGUUGUGAUCUGUCCGCUGGUCUCGCUGAUACUCGAUCAAGAAGCACAACUCUCCCAAUGUGGAAUAUUGUGUGCUGGCCUCAGCUCCUCAGCUGCCCAUACAAUGCCCCCAGUUGAGACCUUCAAGAAACUCUUCUCAGGAAAACUAAGAGUGCUUUUCGUGACGCCCGAGAGGCUGUCGGCAUCGAAACGCCUUCUGGAUCUUCUAGCGGGUUUAUAUAGGAACAGUUUGCUCCACGGCUUCGUCGUUGAUGAAGCCCAUUGUGUUAGCCAAUGGGGUCAUGACUUUCGCGAGGACUAUCUGCUGCUGGCCAACAUCAGGAAGACCUUCCCGGGAGUACCAAUUCUUGCCAUGACAGCUACUGCCAAACCUGAUGUUAUGAAAGAUAUCAUGUUGCAACUUGGUAUGCCUACCUCCAGCACAGUUGUUAUCCGAACUUCGCUGAAUCGGACUAAUAUCUCCUACUCCGUCGUGAAGAGACCAUCUAAGGGCAAAAUGUUAGAGUCUCUCGCUGGGAAAAUCAGGGAGUUGAGUGGGAAGGAUGGUAGAGGCAGUGGCAUCAUCUACUGCAUGAGCAAGAAGGACUGUGAACAGGUCUCGACAGGUCUAAGAGCUUACAGCAUUAAGGCUGCGGUCUAUCAUGCCGACUUGCCACAGUCCAUCAGGGACACCAAUCAGAAGCUCUGGAUGGACAACGAGAUCCAAGUUAUGGCGGCGACUGUGGCCUUUGGUAUGGGUAUCAACAAGAGGGACGUCCGCUUUGUUAUCCACUAUAGUAUGCCCAAGACCCUCGAGGCCUUCUAUCAGGAAAGCGGCCGAGCCGGCAGAGACGGCCGACCAUCCUACUCUGUGAUAUACUACGACUACUACUCCAAGAAUAGGAACCAAUGGUUGAUCGAACAAGGCGGGGACAGAUCUCGAGCCGGGAUUUCCACUCACGCACGCCACGAAUUAAUUGGCGAGCAGAAGAAGUCUCUGCUGGCCCUCGUGGCAUAUUGCGAGUCGGGGACACAGUGUCGACGUAUCAUACUGUUGAAGUAUCUGGGAACGGAGGCGGGCCCAGUGGCCACCUGCCUCGACAGCAACAGUCUACCAUGUGAUGUCUGCAUCGAACAACAACAAGUGCGUUCCUAG